AUGUGAUGUGAUGGUGUUUGCUCCGCCUCGCUUCUCGGAUUAUAAUCAAGAAAAUACCAUCAAAACACUUCAGUCCUGCCUUUAAACCGAGCUGUCGUUACAUCCCUAAAAACUGCUUUAUUGCUUAAUCCAGACGAGAGCCGUUACAACCGCGGAAAUGGGUGUGAAAAUACAUGUCAUUUACUGUGGUGGAUGAGGGUACAGGCCCAAGUUCACCAAACUCAAGACGUUGCUUGAGGAUGAAUUUCCAGGCGACCUUGAGAUUACAAGUGAGGGCACUCCUACAACCACCGGGUGGUUUGAGGUGCAGGUGAAUGGUGCGCUCGUCCACUCGAAGAAGAAUGGGGACGGCUUCGUUGACAACGAUCAGAAGCUUUCUAAGAUUGUGAGCGCCAUCGAGAAUGCCUUAGGCAAAUGAAGCUGCGCCAAUGUUGGAGUUUGUUCGUCUCUGUUUGUUGAGCUCUCUGAAAGUGCAACAAUGAUGGUGACCUCCGAAGUGUCUUUGACACGGACGUUACUUGAUGCUCUCCUGCACUUUCACGGAGGAGGCUUUCCGAGUGGGCAAACUCCAGGAAACGGUUUUGCGCAACGCUUAGAGACAUGAAACAUGCAAACAUGCUUUUGUUAAAAAUGCAUAAACUGGAAGAAUGUGAUUAUUCAUCCAGUAAUAAUAAUAAUAAAAAAAACUAAUCCUAAACAA